AUGUCUGGAUCCAUGAGCGUGCAUUCCCUCAUCGACAAGUUCUCUGAGGACGACUCCAAAGCACAAAGGCCAGAGGGACAACAGCAGCCACAGCAUCAGCAACGACUGCGUCAUCUGCUUCCACCGCCGUCGCAUUCACGAAGUCAUUCACGAAGCCAUUCACGAUCCCGGUCGGCUUCGCCCGUCAGACCGUUGGAAAGUGUUGGUCAUCGACAAGCAUCAACGCCACAGCUUCAGCUGGCGCCUUUUUUGCCUCUGGCGCCGUCGUUUGGGCAUCAACAUGAGAAGCAACACAUCCCUCAGCCUCAGCCUCAGGCUCCACCGCCUCCACCUCCACAACAACAACCACAGCCGGCCCAGCUGCUUGAACAGAUAUUGGGGCCUCAAUUUGCAUCUAUCCCACUUACUGAAGCUAACCUCGUGGAGGCGCUUAAACUACGUACUGAACAAGAGAGGUCUCGCCAGGAACAGCUUAGACUUGAGCUCGCCCUGCGUAAUUUAGCCAUAAUUCAAACCGCCGUGCAAAACGACGUGCCUCCACAUAUGAUUCCUUCCAUGUGUGUGGGCCCUGUUCCAGAAGGUUACGUCCAGCAACAGGUAGCUCAAGCUCGUGGUCUGCAAUCCCACCCUCAGCAUCUUCAACCGGAGUUCCACCAGAAACGCCCGUCCGAUACCAGAUCUCCCUUUAUAGCCCCAGAGUCCAUGAACCCUCCAACACAAACCCUCGGAGCCCUGCCUCGAAUUACUCGUGGUCAAGAUCAAGAUAAUGCCAGUCCCGUGGCGCCACUUAAUUUCAGAUUCGGCGCAGGCUCUUCUUCAACGAGCCGGAGACCGCUUUCGCCAGCCAAAAUCGGGGCUGCAGCGGUUGCUAAUUUAUCAAACCCUAUAACCCCCUAUAGACCGGCUCAAAAGACCCUCCCGGCUCACCAGCGUCAUUUUUCUAUGCCAGCUGAGACUCUGCUGAAGAGUAUGGAAAGACAAGAACGGUCAGGUCCACGGACUCGCCUGCUGACGCAGAAACUGACCCAUCUUCAGUCUCCAUUGGGUGCUACUUCUUCCAUUCAGGUUAGGCCAUCUCCCGCUCAGCCGUUGCAUAAACAAGCUCGUAUGACAGAGGCCCCAUCGCAGGAAUCCAUGACAUCGUUUCAACAUGUCAUACAAUUUCAUCAUUGGAAGCCCGAGAAUCCCGGCCAGCAGCCUCCAAGCGACAGAAGUCCCGAAAGACCUCAACACUCUCACAAAAGACACAAAUCCAGUGAUAUGUCUGUCGAUAUGACUGGCCAAAAGGAGGCGUAUCUUGACAGACACGCAUCUCGCCUUAGCAUGGACCUGACUUCAAACGUCAAGCGUGAAGAUCCCGAUGUUUCCAUGGACACUAGCGACGUGACUCUUACUGAUCCUACGAAAAAACGUGAAACAGAUACCAACAGUGAAACGUCCCAGUCUCUGGGCCGUUUUCCUCAUGACAUAUUACUGUCCAAUUGA